ACUGGUGUGGAAAAGAUGGCUGCUUCGGCGGCAACGGCGAGUUCUUCCCCCGGUUUGUGUCCAAAUUACGCUGUGAUUUGCUCUUUUCUUGAGCGCUACGGAGCGUUGUUGGACUUGCCGGAGCUCACCUUUCCUCAGCUGGAGAGGUAUCUGCAGGACACAUCCUCAGUUCCAAAGCUGCUGGUUGAUCUUCACGUUAAGUUGCUGAGGAAGAUCGGCAAAUCGGUGUCUGCAGACAGAUGGGAGAAGUAUCUCGUCAAGGUAUGUCAGGAGUUCAACACAACCUGGGCGUGGGAACUCGAGCAAAAAGGAUACAAGGAGUUGACGGUGGAGUGCAAGACGGGGAUACUUAAAUAUUUGUGUGAGUGUCAGUUUGACGACAACGUCAAGUUCAAAACCGCCAUCAACGAUGAGGACCCAGAUAAAAUGCGCCUGCAGCCAAUCGGCCGGGACAAAGACGGGCAGAUGUACUGGUUUCAACUGGACCAGGACAACAACGUGCGCGUUUAUGUGGAGGAGCAGGAUGACUUGGACGGGUCAUCGUGGAAGUGCAUCGUCAGAGAUAGAAACGAUUUGGCCGAGGUUGUGGCUCUGCUGAAGACGCAGAUUGAUCCUGCGCUGUUGAAAAAAGAACAGGAAACGAAGCCUGAAGGUGAGACCAGAAAGACUGAAGAUACAUCAGAUGAAGACAGCAAAGACUCCACCAAGUCAGUCUCUCCAAAGCCGGAGAGCAUUGAAAAAGUAACACAGAACACGAAAUCUGAAAAUUCAGAAGCAAAAUCUGCACUAAAUGGUGUCAUUGAAGGUAAAGCGGAGGCAGAGCUCGACUCAGAAAAUGUCAGUAAAAAAGCCCAGAACAUCAAAGAAGAGCCGAUGGAAGUUGUGGACACUAAAUCUAACUCAAGUGAACAAACACCGGCCUCUGAGACGUUGUGUACAUCAGUAAAGGAGGAAAAAGGGGAGGAACCGAAGAAGUCCAGUGCAGAGGAAAUGCAGCAAGCCAUGAAGAAUGACCAGCAGGCCAAGAUCCCUUUGAAAAAAAGGGGAAUGAAGUUCAGUGAAGACUUUGAUAAAAAUAAUGCCGUUAUAGUGCAAAAUCCAUCUCUUUCUAAUCUGAAGGAGGCUGCAAAAGACAACUCGACUCCUGACCAAUCAAAGAAAGCGUUGAGUAUAAAUGAUCAUAUUAAUGGUGAAGUUACCCAAUCAGAAAAAGGGUCACCAGAGCGAGUAACAGAAGCUGUGGAGAAAUCUGUCGACAUUAAAGAGAACGACGCUCCGACCACCAACGAGGAGGUUAAAAAGGACGAGCCACAGGGAGUCACCUCACACCAAGCGGAUUUGGAGAAGAAAACUCAAGAUGAAAAGGAAACGGAAAAAAGGGAAACAUGCGAGUCUUCGCUGCCCCCGACAGAACCGACACCUUUAUCUAAAGAGAUAAAUAAUGCAGCAGAGAAAUCCUCUAAUCACGAAGAGCACGAAGAAAUGAAAGAAUCCAAACCAGCAGACACAGAGGAGUCUUGUAAGGUGAACAAGACAACAUUAAAGGAAAGUCAUAAAAUAUUAACUGCUGAUGAGUCAGGGAACCUAAACUUAAAUCAUGAAGUCGAAUCCAAAGAAGCCGAAUCAAAAGUUUCAAAACAACCAGAGGAAAAGCUAGACUGCACAGACAUGGACACGUCCGAGUCGAGUCAGACUAAAGAAGCCGAGGCGCCCGAAAAUAUAACGCACAAGCAAACAGAUACGAGUGACUCUAAAGAGACUGGAUCAUCUGAGGGUAAUGUAGAGAAAACUGAUAGCUUUGCUCUGGAAGAGAAGCCUGAAAGCUGUAAGACAACAGAGACACAAUCUGCAGACACACCAGAGAAAUCUGUAGACUCUGAAACCUCGGAAUCAAAGUCUGUCACUAAAAAAACAAGUGAGAAAGCGGAGGAAACAGCCAACACUAAGGAGAGUGUGGACCAGCCUGUUAUCGAAAAGGUCGACAAGUCAGACUCAUGUAAAGCUGCAGAGAAGCACGAUGGCAUCAAAGAUGCAGAGAUGGCUCCCACAGUCUGUGAGACAAAGACAGAAAAACCAGAAGACAUAAAGAAAACUGUCAACUGUGAAGAUGGUACGGUACGUGAUGCUUCCAAGAUAAGCGACUCUGUGUCUGGGCCUGUGGCUGCAGAGGCACAGGGCGCAAAACUCGAUGUGACAAAACCACAAAAAGAUGACAAAGCUGACAUGAACUCUGUCGCACAAAAGCCAGCAGAGCAGCCAUCUGAAGGGCAGGAUAAAACACCCAGCCCUGUUGAGAAGACGGAUACCUCAGAUGAAAAACCUGAGACUGAACAAGAGAAGGAUUCUGAGAAAAACCCCAGCGCAAUCGAGGCAGAGCAUCCAUCAUCAGAUAAUAAAAAGGAUGCUGACAGGGAAAGUGAAAAGGACACUGAUAAAGAAAAGCUUUCAAACUGCAAAGAGGACUCCACAGCAGAUGAACUCUCAAAAACUGAGGAGAGUAAGGGCAAAAGCGAGGAUGUGGACUCUCAAGCGAAAAAAGAUGUGGCGAAUGGCAGUGAAGCUCCAGCAGAUGUUCAGGAGGAGGAUGUCUGCCGGAAAAACAAGCGCCCAGUCAACCGAAGGAAAGUUGAGCUCCAGCGGGAGGAGCGACAGGGGGACUCAGAGUCUGACACAAACGUGGGGAGAUCCCUGCGAAGAUCACCGAGGAUCUCUAGGCCGACGCCAAAGGCAGUACAGAUCCAGGACAAGAAGCAGGAGAAGUCGCAGGCGCCUCAGAAGCGCGACGAGGAGAAGGGUGAGAAGGAAAAGUGUGAAGACGAGGAGGACAAGGAAGAGGAGGUGGUGAAGGUCGUUAAGAAGAAGCCAAGAGAGAAAAAGACGGAUCAGGAAGGCCAAACCAAACCCAAGGCGAGAAAGAGGCGAAGGGUUCGGUGGUCCAACACUCGGACGCGCCGCAGAAAGAAAGACUCGGAAGACGAGGACGAAAACAGCGACGAGGAGUCCAGCGAAGAAGACGAGAGCGAGGAGGAAGACGACAGCGAUGAAGACUACAAGGUUGAGCGUACAAGAAAGAGGCGGAACCGUAACCGAGAAAGACGAAGCUCGGACUCCUCGACCUCAUCCGACGAAGAUCUACCUCCCAAUGACGACCCUUGCAAACACUGCGGUCUUUCAAAUCACCCAGAGCUGAUCCUGCUGUGCGAUUCGUGUGACAGCGGCUACCACACAGCCUGUCUGAGGCCUCCGCUCAUGAUCAUCCCCGAUGGAGAGUGGUUCUGUCCACCCUGUCAGCAUAAGCAGCUCUGCGACAAACUCGAAGAGCAGCUCCAAAACCUCGAUGCUGCUUUGAAGAAGAAGGAGCGGGCUGAGAGGAGGAAAGAGCGUCUGAUUUAUGUUGGAAUCAGUGUCGAGAACAUCAUCGCGCCCUCUGUUGAGGUCGAGGAGGAAAAACCAGAGAUCAUUAUCAAAGAGAAGAAAGAAACAAAGAAGAGUAAGAGCUGGGGUCGGAGGUCAACGAGGGCGAAGAAAACCAUCAGCUACAGAUUUGAUGAGUUUGACGAGGCCAUCGAGGAGGCUAUCGAAGAAGACAUCAAAGAAGCAGAGGGUGGAGGAGCGGGUCGGGGUAAAGAUAUGGCCAACAUCACAGGGCACAGAGGGAAGGAUAUUUCUACCAUCCUACAAGCCGAGGAGGGCAAGGAGAACGGCCAGCCGCCGCGACCCAGCGCCAGCCAGCGCAGGAAAAAACGCCGGCGACUCAACGACCUGGACAGCGACAGCACCGUGGACGAGGAGGAGAGCGAGGAAGAGUUUCGCCUCAGUGAAAGCUCAGAAGAAGAGUUUGUUGUGACGGACAACGACACGGAAGCUGAAUCAGAGGCCGACUCCAACAACAGCGACUUUGGCAGCAACGGUAGCGGUAGGCAUCGAAAGUCUUCGCGGAGCAGACUGCUGACAUGCAGACGGAGCUCCAGAAAGCGGCGGCGACCGAGAGGGUACUCGGAUGAUGAGGAGGACGAGACGGAUGAUGACGAUGAGGAUGAAAUAGUGACCGAAGGCUCCAGUGAGUACAGCGACAGUGAUCUGGAUAUGAGCCGCCGGCGGUCGAGGCGAAGCCAGAAGAAGCAGGUUAACUACUGCGAGACGUCCGAGUCUGAAGGCUCUCAGGCCGAAACCAACCAGGCCAAAACGAAACCCAGACGUCAGCAGGAAAGCUCCGACAGCGACGCGAGUUUCUCCAGAGACUCCGAGGAAGAUUCGAGGGAUUGGAGGUCGAAUAGAAUCUCAUCGGAGGAAGAUUCCCGGCAGCGACGCAGACGCCUAGCGCUAAAACGCAGGAGAGCGUCGGAAGAUGACGACUCCGACGAGGACUCGGACGAAUCUUCCGAGGAGGAUCGACCCAUCCGUAAACGAGUGAACCGCAUCGACUCGGAUGACGACGAUGACGAGGAGCAGCAGGAGGAGAAGCCGAAGGAGAAGAAAGCAGAGGAGGAGUCAAAGGGAACAAAUGCAUUGGACUGUGGCCUGGUAGAGCUGCCGCCCGCCAACGGGCAAAGCCCCAUAAAGAGCCUCGAGGGUAUCAUCAACCGGCCCGCUGCCACCAUCGCUACCAUCACCGCUCCAGGCAUUAUCCCACAUCUGGAGCCGCCCAAAAGCAUCAGUGCCACACCGGCUGCUGCCAUAGCACCAAACGGGCUGGUGGGGCAGGACAUUGCGGCACAGGACGAUGACGAAGACGACCUGUUAGGAGUCACAGACCUCGUGGACUACGUCUGCAAUAAUGAACAAUUGUAAAAACAAAAGUGGUGUACUGUUUGUUUGGUUUCUUUUUCUUUGUUCUUUUUUUUUUUUUUUUUUUUGGUGGUAUUGUAUUUUUAUAUUGCUUAACUUUAUUAUUCCCUCCCAUGCCAACAACUCCUCCUCCAUGUCCGUUUUUCUCAUGUCACCUGGAAGCCUGGACCCCACCCCCACACCUCCAGUGUGACGCUGUCCCCAUGGGAUCCUGCAGCCAAUAAGUCCACCAACAUACCAUUCCUCAUUUGUCUGGAAAUAACCAGUUGACCCGCCGAAGCACCGUCGUCCCCCCCGGUUGUCGUCAUCGUUGUCCUGUUUUCAGUUUUGGUUUUGAUCACUUUUGGCUCUGAAACUGGGGGAAAAGUUAGUCUGUUUGAAAGCUGAAUAACUUUUAAAAAAACAAAACAAAUCAUUCCAUAAUUGGCACCAAGUUCUGGACAUCUGUUUAUCAUUUUAUGGCUUUUUAAAGAAAUGCAAUCAUGUUGAUUGAAACGCACUUCACCGGGCAGGGUUAGAUGAGAUGAUAGACGCGGCCGUUUAGCUCUGCACAAACACGGCGCGAUGAGCUACAAGAAAGCGGGUUUAGCUUGUUAGUCUGCUUUAAUUAACCAGCUGGCACGCUGACCUUUCACAGCGGCUUUUAGCACCAGAUGUUUUUUUUAACGUUAACAAACAUGCUUCCAACGUUACAAUCGACGAAAGCCGGGGCAGUCGUGGUGCUGCACUAAUUUAGAGGUUUUUGUUCGUUAAUACUUUUAAAACAAUGUAUGUUUAAUUUCCUAAACAUGAUAUUUUCAGUCAAAUCCACCUGUGGGCAUUUUUAAAGCUCUUUCAAGCUCACUAAUUAACCCUUUAUGGCCCGUUUGUUGCAGGUGGAGCUUUAGAGGAGCUACAGGUGGAUUUUCGGUUUUUAGGCUUUGUGCUGCGCUAACAUGAGCUACUGCUUCAUGUGAGGGAUGUAUUUGAUAAGUUAUUGGUUCUUUCUGAUCAUAUCCGGUGUGUAUUUUGUUAUUAAACCACGCCCCCCCCCCCCCCCUUUUUUUUUUGUCAAUGUUAAUCAGUCAAAUAUACCCCCCUCCUUUUCAUCGUAUGAAGGUGUGAAUGUAUAUAUGUGACCAACCUUCGUUCGUCCCCCCCUUGAACCUAAUUUUUUGUCGUUGAAUGUUAGAGUAGCUUUUGUAUAUUGUAUACAUAUAUAAUUAUUUUAACUACACGCGCACUGCCAUCAGCAUCAGAGGUUGAACUUUCAGGUUAUAGUUUGUUUGGAGAAACCAAAUCAAAAGGUGAAACUCUCCUUCCCUCCUGAUCCAGACUAGCCUCUUCUCAUCGCUUUCAUGUGAUUCAUGGUUUCAGUAAAUCUAUUUUUUUUUUUUUUAUAUCUAAACAUUUAUUUGUUGUUGUCUCUUUGAGGAAAUAAUGUAAAGUGUCUUAUUUUCUUUGUGGGUGGAGAUGCCUGCAGGUCUUUAGAUUUUUAGUAUCUUUAAAUGGAUGAAGGAGUGUUAGGGUUUACAUUAAAGAAUGGGGUUAAAAUAUCCAGAAAAAGAUCACCUAGUUGAAGCAAAAUAACUCCCUGGUUUGACUUUUUAAAAACAUCCUUUGAAUAUAUAUAUUUUUUAUUGUAGACAUAAUACUCCUUCGUUAUAAACAACACUCGGCUCUGAAAGCCUGUUUUCUCUCUUAUUCCACUCCCCUGGAUCUUCCUGUUUCCUCUGACAUGAGCAGUUUCCAUAAUCCUGAGCUCAGGUUCGGAUCAGAUCAGGAUCAUGAAAACCAAACUGUUUUAAAGCGAUGUGUCGGGUUGCAGGGGAACAGGGGGGGAAAAAGGCAAACCAAUGACUUCACUGACCUCUGCUGGAACCAGUCUGUGUGUAUAUCUGUAGUUUUUGCUGUAAUAUAUUUAGAGGCAUUUUUUUAACCAUGGAAAAAUAUAUCGAGCAAUUCUUUGGGAUUGCAUGAGUUUCUUAUAGUUUUCUUUUGUAGGGAAGUAAUAUUGGCACAACAGUUUUUGUAAGAAAAUCGCAAAAAAAACCCCUCUGGCAUGCUUUCAGGAUCUCCUGACCUGGUGCAUUUGUGCUGAGGGACUCGUGAAGUAGGCGUGUUAAUUUGCAGUGAAACUGCAUACGGGGUAAGCAUGCGCUGACUUGCUAAAGCUCGAGGGGGAAGAACGGGACGUCGCCGUGGAAAAUAAUCAAGGACUGAGAGGGAGUGAAGCCUGUUUGUAAAAUAUUUUGUAAAUUAGUCUCAGCAUGGUCUUCAGAGGAUAAACCACUAUUUAUCAUACCGUUUUGAUACUGGCCACGGCCAAAAUGACUUCCAAGACAAAAACCUAUACGUGCUGCUUGCACAGCAUAGGCGUCUAUACACGAUAUUUAGCUUUUAGAUUAGCUGGGCAGAAUAUAGAAACCCGGUUCUACAGACGUAACAGAGGUGCGUGUCCUGGUGGGUCGAGACGGAGCAAAGGAGUGUCUGUGUGCUGUGUGUAACCCUGUUUAUAUUCUCCACAGAGAUAAGGAGAAUGUAUAAAUGUGUAUCUCAUGGUUAUGAAAUAACCCGUAGCGAGACCUGCAUAGGGAUGGAGAGAAAUAAAAGCUUAAUAAAGAGAAAGAGGAGGUCGGUGCCAAUGACUGAAGUGUUAACAGUUUCCUAUUUACCUCAUGAUGAAUCUGGGAGGAAAGACACCCUGUCCACUGUGUAUAGAUCCUUGUAGACUGGUUGGUGACGUUUUGUCCGCUCCCUACAUUUUAUUUUAUUUUUUUUGGUUAACUUUACUGUUAUUUCUUAUGAAUCCGAUCUUGUACAUUUGUCAUAAUAAAAUGGGUUUUAAGCCUGA